UCUCAAACCAGGAAGGUCGAAGGAUAUUAUGGAUUGUAAACAAGAUGUCGAGGAGAGGGUAGUGUACAAAUCAAACCUCCAAACAGGUUUAUUUGGCCUCCAGUCAUGAGCAGCUGUUCAACCAGCCUGGCUCCUGCUCGCAGCUUCGGCUCAGUCUGCAGCCCGCAGCUCACUUCUUCUCUAACACAGAUGUCCAGCAUGUUGGACACUGCUGCAGAGCAAAUGAUGGUCCAUAAAGACUUCCAGGCAGCCUUUGACACAUGCGACAGAGGCCUGGACAGUCUCGCCAACAUGGAGCAAGAGGACAACAGAUGUGGAGAGUUUAAGGCUGGCUUCUGCAUCUUAGGAAUUCAAGCACUGGCUGAGCUGAAUCAGUGGCAUGGUGUCCUCUCCUGGGUCCUACAGCAGUAUAAGCACCAGGAGAAAAUACCAGCUAAAAUAAUGCAGAUGUGCAUACUUCUUUACUCCAAGGUGGGAGAGCCAGCCAUGAUGCAGGAGGCAGCCAGAGUUUGGUUACACUGCCUAUCCAACAGCAGAGUAACAGGGUUCAGGACUGUGGCGGAGUUGUACCUGCUGCAUGUCCUCGUGCCUCUUGGACACAGAGAUGAGGCUCUAGAGCUGAUCGUCGGUGAGGUUGGAAGUGUUGCGUUCACAGAAGACCAGAGGCAGACAGCACUGGAUGUGGUAGAAGAAAAAGAGCGACAUAAUCAAGAACUGCCUCUAAAUCCUGGGACAAGUUCAAACUCUGAGAUCACUGCACAUCCUGUCUCAACUCAAGGAUCUGUAAUCUGUAAACUUGCAGCCAUGCUCAGAUUUCUCUACAGAAAACUUUUGGUGACUGGCUCAUUCCCUCUACGGAGACUCUUUCUGGCUGCCGUCCUUCUCUACAUGCUUUUUUUCCGAAUGGAUCCAGCUCUUUCGUCUUCAUUCAUGUGGAUUUCCAAACUUCUUGAGCUGCUCAGACAGAUGUGGAGUGCCAUGUUUGCACCGUACUAUCAGGUUCUCACUCAGAGACUGUAAAAGACUGAAGAUCACAACAUGUUUUGUAAAUCAUUUUCAUUCAUUUUUACUUUGUUGUGUUGGUAAGAGAAUAUGGUUUAGCUCCUUUUUCAAGUUUCAUCAAACCUGUUUAAACAUUGGCCCUAUUCAUUAUUUAAUUUCUUUACUCCACACAAAGACAUUUCCAGGCGUAUUUGCUUGUUUUCUGAGUUAGAAACUACAGGUUGCAGGUCCAGAUCGUUCAUCCUAAAGCAACUCCCUCUUCAUCAUAAUAAUAACCAGGGAAGUGCCUCGCAGAGAUUAAAAUAUUUUUUUUACAGCAGUGUCCUGGCUCAGAAAGCAGCAGCACAUACAAAACAUAUAACACAGACUAGAUAAAAUAUCAAAAGAAUACAGAUGUGGUCAUAAUAAAAUAUAUUCAAACAUACAAUAAAUAUAUAUUUAAUUGUGUUUCUGGCUUGUGAGAUAAUAUGAUUGUACGUGUACAGCUGAAAAAAAUGAUUAAAAGAAAGUGUGAAAACUUUCUGAAGUGAG